AUGGACCAGCUGGACUACAUGCGUCGGGAACUGUGUGACAACUUCGCGACACAUCAGCCUCCAGUGCAGGUUGCUGCAGGAUUGCUACAGGGUCUGGCCUUGGAUGGGUUGCUGGGUUUGCCGGCAGCGCUUGCUGAUUCACUGCUUGGUCGAGGAGGCGAUUUCCGCCUGCCGGGGGCGCAGCGGAGAGCCGCGGAGCGCCGCUGGCGGCUCGGCGUGCGUGCCACGCUGGCGCGGAGUCGUGUGGCAGAGGCUCUGGCUGCAGAGCAGCUGUGUGUGAGUUUGGGUCCCGACCUGGCCUUGACGCUGAGAGCACCGGGUGCCUUCGUGCUGCGCUUGCAGUACGACCUGCGACGCUGGCUCGUGAUCCAUUGCGCCUUGUCUACCCAGGGCCUUGGGGCCGCGGCAUCACUACCCCCCGAGGUAGAGCAGUCAUGGCGAAGGCAGCUGCAAGGAGUUGCGGACGAAGCUGUGAGUACAACCGACUCCGACGUGCCUGCUGCUUUGACAACGGCUGCUCAUGCAUUUUGUUCACACCUCUGGCUCCAAGCCUGCUGCGAGGAGGCACGCCGUGCCACCGCGCAUGGGCGACUGCGAGAGGUGAGCAGUACCUUUUGGGAUCGGCGUGGCUUUGCAUCACUGCGCAUUCUACCAGACUGGGAAGCGACUUGUGGUGGGAUUUGCCCCGUGGCCAGUGUCCUCCGCGCUGGUGACGAAGCACAAGGUUCUGCCGGUGGCUGCAUCCUCGAGCUGCACAAGGAUCCUGAAGGUGGGAUUCGCCCGAGUCUCCCGCCGGAGUUUCCAGUGCUGCCUCUGCGGCGGCCCCCGGAGCUGGCCUCUGGAGUGGGGCCCUGCCUUGACGAGGUCUUGAGGCAGGCGCAUGCUGCUGUCGCCUCAGUGACGAUGCGGCGGCUCCGGGAGGGACUACUGCAGGUCGUGGCUUCAAAGCGUGCCCCAAUGCUGGAGGAAUCCCAGGUGGAGCUCCUGCCAGAUGGACAGACGCUUCGCUGCCUGUUCCAGAGCUGCUGGGUCCAUGUGGGCCUCGAGGCCUCCGGGCGCCUGGCGCUCGAGGUUCAGGGCUGCGGUGAGCCACACCGACCCAAGACCGUCGGUGUGGGACUCGUGUUGGAGGCUGCCGGCGGCCACGAGGGCUUUUUCUUGCGAAUGGAGGUGCUGCGACGUGCUGCCCUCCGUGGUGCUGCAGCUGCAGCAGUGGCUGCGGCCGGUUGGCAGAGCUCACAAGGCAAUGUGCCAGAUGCACCUGAGUCUGGUCGCGUGCGCUUUCUUUGUCGUUUGGCAGAGGACCAGCCAGAUGCCCUCGAGUUUGAUCUCGGAGACAGCGAAGUCUCCAACGUCAGUUUGGUCGUGGAGGGUGGCGCGUGCAUCCAUGCCACUGGCUUGGACAACUUCUCCUUUGUACAGUCUGGAGGAGGCACUGCCAUUGCUGAUCUGCAGAAAGGGUUGAGGCAGCACCUGGCUCAGGCUAGGCUGCUGCUAGCGGCUUCUACCCUAGGCCGCGAGGUCAUCGUAACAGUCGCAGCGCACGCGAAGCUGUUGGAGGCUUCGGGUUACGAGGCACAUCUCGGGCGUGUGGCUUCGGUGGCAUCAUCGGCGCCCGGCUCACUCACAGAGUCACUCGAGGGCGAGCUGUGCUUCAAACGCCUUGACGCAGUCGAGGCCACCGGGAAGCUAGCGCCGACGCCGUUCGCGUCGCCGCUGCGCUUCCAGGUCUGGGAGAGGCCAAAGCGCCUCCUGCUCGUCGGCCAGCUUGCCGGCAAAGUUUCAAUGCAGCAAAGCACUGCGAUCUUGGAGGAGAAGCCCGUCCCGCCACUGCCUUCUGGCGGGGUCUUGACCGUGAAGGUCCUGCCGAAUGGGAAUGAAGAGGUUACUAUCCAGUACUCUGAAGAUGUCUUGAGUGGCCGGGCCUGGCAUCGGUGGAGCCGCGACGUCCGAGCGCUCGCAGCCAUGGCACAACUUCGCUGGCAGGCCGCUUGCCUGGACCUGGCUGAGGCGCCUUCCGGGCUCCAGCUGCAGUCGCUGCCCCAGGCGCUGCGGAUCCGGCUGCCAGCCAAUGUUCCAGGAAAGGAGGUCUUCGAGGUCUUCGAGCUGGUUCCCUCUGCUGCUGAGCCCAAGGAAGAGGAGGAUGCAGAUCCCUUGAUCAGCUUCCAUUGGCUGACUCCUCGGCCCUCGUGCCUCUUCGCUGACCGCUUGGGGAGGAGGCUGAGCCGCACCAAGCGUCUGGGCGACACACUCCACGCAGCUGCUGCAGCCCUGGAGCUUGCUCGUUGCGUCGAAGAUGUUGCGAUGCCCGUCUCGGAAGACUCCGAAAGGAGGAGUGGCCCAGGGUCAAAAGCCGCGGAUGAGGUGUGGGCGUGCGCGGUCACUGGCGCAACGACCGUGCAGGUCAGAUGCAGCGGAAUGCUCGGCGUCGAGCUCACGGCUCUGGACCCUUCUACUGUUCGCGUGAUCUGCCUGUCCAAGCGCCUCCCACCGAAGGAAGUGGCUGUCGUGGCCAACCUCAAAAGCUUCUUGAAGAGCCUUCCCGACACACAAGGAAUGCAGAAUGGCGACGGCGAGCCAGGUCUGGGCGAUGCACCGGGACAAGUACUUCGCUUCAGGCCUGGAGACCUCACAAAGCGCUUGGGAUCACUUUGGGUGUACCUGCGGCUCUAUGCCCUGCUGCUCAAAGUCUACCUCCUGCAUCCCAACAAAGGGCCAGGUCCCUGGAAGCUACGUGAGACAACGCCCGGUCAGGGAGAGCCACAAAGUUGGGUGCGUCUGGAGCUGCCGUUGCCUGCAGCCGGUGCGACAGCGUGCCUAGACUUGGCUACUCAGGCUGAGAGCUCCACAGAGCGCCGCGCGAAGCGACGGCGCCUCAGCGAGGGCUUGUCACUACGCUUCUCAUGCUGCUCAGACCGACAAGCAGGCACGGAGCAGGUCGAGGAGCUGCGGGCGUUCGAAGCCUUCUUUGCUAGGUAUCUGGCAGAGGCGGCCAGGAAGCUUGAGGGACAUGUCGGCAUGGAGCCCAACUGGGAGAUGCUGCGCGCAUCUCGCCUGUACCCGGUUCUUCAACUUCUCUGUGCGCCACGGAGGUGGAUGCUGCGGGAGACCUCACGGCUUCUCCCACCUCUGCGGCGUGCAACGCUUUCCCGCGAUGGUGUCCAUGCAGCAGGCAUUGUUCACAGCUCUUGGCAGCCUGUGGUCGAGUGCUUCAGUCUACGCAGUAUGGUGCAGGUGCCUCAGCGCUGGCAGCUUCGCUUUACUUUGACGGCUCCUCCCCGGCAGUGCGCGGUGACACUCAGCACCAUGCUCAAACGAGGAAGUGAUGCCGAGGAAGAGGGCUGGGAGUCCGUUCUUGUGGACGGAAGAGCUCUCUCCGAGUUUGUGGCGGCAAAGUGCGCUCCCGGACGAAACAAGCAGGCAUGGUCCAGCGCGGCAGCCCUGAGUCGGCCUUGCAUGUUUGUGGAGAGUUUGCGUUUUGCCGCUACGGCAGUCCUGUUGGAUGGCCUUUGGCCUCUUGCGCCCUUCAUGGAUCAGCUUGAAAGGCCAAGCGCGGCAAUAGUCCCCACGUCGAUUGUCUACACGAAGCAGUAG